GAGAGAGGAAGAUAAUAGAGUUUCUCUUGCCCACUAUCUCUCUCACUCUUCUCUCCCUUUCUACUUCUAGGUGUAUUGGAUUUUCUUCCUUCUUUUGUGUUCUUUUAAAAUUGAAUUUGUCGAGUUAUUGUUAAUGUUAUGUGCAGGAAUUUGUUGCUACUUCUAUUUUGUUUCAUCGAGAUGAAUUCUUGUUGAUUUAAAACAUGAACCAUAAAAGUGGAUAGAGGUUGUCUCUUGCGUUGAAGCCAAAGAAGGAUGUUCGAAUUUUUUUGUAUAUAAGCUCAUUUCUUGUGUGUAUAUGCCUAAUCUUCUCUUUUGACUCGGUUUUUAUCAGUAUAUAUCUAUAUAUGUCCAUAUAUACAGAUCUGAAAAAAGUUUUUCUAUUUCUUAUCUUUGUUUUUGUUUUUUAUUUUUUCUUAAGGUUUUAUUGAUGAUGAGCAAAGAUAUCUUACUUCAUCAGCAAGUGCAACAACAACAACAAGAGAAUAUGUCGAAUUUAACAUCAGCUUCUGGGGAUCAAACAAGUGUCUCUUCAGGAAACAGAACUGAAGCAAGUGGUUCUAAUUACUUCCCUCAUCAUCAACAACAAGAACAACAACAGUUCUUUGUUCCUGAAUCUCAGCCUCAGAAGAAGAGGAGGAACCAACCAGGGAAUCCAGACCCGGAAUCAGAAGUGAUUUCUUUAUCACCAAAAACACUAAUGGCAACAAACAGAUUUGUUUGUGAGAUCUGCAACAAAGGAUUCCAAAGAGACCAGAAUCUACAGCUUCAUAAGAGAGGUCACAAUCUACCAUGGAAGCUGAAACAACGACCCAACAAAGAAGUGAUAAGGAAAAAAGUGUAUGUUUGUCCAGAAGCAAGCUGUGUACACCAUGACCCGUCUCGAGCUCUAGGUGACUUAACUGGAAUCAAGAAGCAUUUCUUCAGAAAGCAUGGAGAGAAGAAGUGGAAAUGUGACAAAUGUUCAAAGAAAUAUGCUGUUCAGUCAGAUUGCAAGGCCCAUUCUAAGACCUGUGGCACCAAAGAAUACAGAUGUGACUGUGGAACUAUCUUUUCUAGGAGGGAUAGUUUCAUAACUCAUAGAGCAUUUUGUGAAGCAUUGGGUAAAGAGACUGCACGAGAAGUUGUAAUACCAGAAAACUAUAAUCAUCAACCAAACCCUAUUUUGAUUAGCCAAUCUACUUUUCAUCAUCAACAUGAUCAAGCACAACCAAACAUGAACGUCUCUUCCCCUUCCCACAACAUCAUCAAUAACCUUCACUUCAAAACCAACAACAAUGGUACUAACAAUAGUAACAGUAGCAGCAACCAUCUCUCUACAUUUCCAGUGAAGAAAGAGCAACAACAAAGUAGUGAUCAUAUCAUUAGUUACCACCACCAAAGCAUCCCUCCUUGGCUUGCGCCUCAGCCGCAAGAUCUCACAUUUUCAAACCGUAACCCUAGUAACGGUGGAGGAGGUUUGUUCUCUCUUGCAGCUUCUCCAGCUAUGUCAGCCACCGCAUUGCUCCAGAAAGCAGCCCAAAUGGGUUCCACCAGGUCACCUCGUUUACCACCAACCACAGACUUCGAGAGGUCAGCUCAUCAUAACAACCUCAUGACCACGACAAUGGCGGCAAUGAUGACGUCGCCAUCUGGAUUCAUCAGCUCCAACAACAACAAUCAAGUUAUGUUUCAAGGCUACAACCCCUCCGUGUUUGAUCACCACGGUGGAGAAGAAGCCUUCGACGACACAUUCAGCGCGUUCUUGAGGACACCCGCUGAUACUACAACCGCAGGUUCAGACAAGAAGAAAAGCGGUGGAGGCGGUGGAGUAGGAGAAGGUUUGACGAGAGACUUCUUGGGGCUAAGACCGUUAAUGUCUCAUAACGAGAUGCUAAGUUUUGCCGGUCUCGGGAAUUGCAUCAGUGGUGCUGCUUCUGAUCAGCUUCAUCCAAAGCCUUGGCAGGGUUAGUUAGUUGCUUUGUUCAUAUACUUAUGAAUCCAUCCAAAUUUUUAUUAUUAACAUAUAUUAUACAUAUCUAGUUUUAUAUUUAUAUAGUCUCUUUUGUUUCGUUCUUUGUUUUAUGAAAUUUUGUAUCCUGAAAGUUCACCAAAGGAGAAUUUAAAAUGAUUCAGGUUUUAUA